AUGGACGUCAAUAAUUCAACUGUCAGUGGUAACAUUCGUGCAGUUGUGGAAAUACUCACACAGGGUGGCAUCUAUGAUCCUGAUGCAGACAUCCUCGACAAUCCUGACAUCUCGCAACACAUUAUUCUCAUUCACGGUGACCUCGGAACAGGAGAACGCCUGCAGUCAGCACAACUUCGACAGUCAUUAGAGGCGACUCUGUGGAAUCGAUUUCAACAUGUUAUCUUCAUUCCUGGAUUGUUCCACUUGAAGAUGGCGUGUGCUGAUGCCAUUUGGCGAACCUUCCUGCAGCCAUUAGUGGCUCAAGAGGAUGAAACAAGCUUAAUGCACGAUGUAAUGCAACUUCGACCUAAGGAGACAGGAACAUACUGCUCGAAGCCAGGGUUCCGCCUUGAGGCAUUCACAGCCUCCGAACUGACUUUUGACGAGUUAAAGGCCAUUGCAAAUGAGAUAGCAUUGAAAUAUGUUGCAACUCACAAGCUACUCCAGAUGCGCCAGACAUCGAUUAUUGCAUGGAUUCUGAUCCUUAAAGCAACAGGAAAGCAUAAGUAUGCGACACAUAUGACGAAUUUCUUGAUCAACAUGCACUUUGUUUUUCCUGCUGGCCUUAAGCACGCUGUGAAGAAUGGUGGGAAGGGGUCAAACCGCACUGUAGACCGAAUCUUCCUCGAAUCUCCUCUAGUUGAGGCCUAUCGAAACACUCAAGUCAUGGUCCAAAAGAAUUUCUUGCACGCCCACCUUACAACAAGUCAUGUGCUGGCAAAUAUGAUUAAAACAUUUGAAGGGCUAAUUAUGAAGAUGGCAGCACAAUCCCCCCAUACUGUAGUGCUAGGUAGAAAAACGUGUUGUGAGAUCCCAGACCUCAUUGACAAAGGGAGGGAUAUGAUGGAAAAGGCAGCUCAUGGUGAGGGUAAUGAUGAACCUAACGUAGAGAUGGAUGAUAGAGAAGAGGGGGCGGAGAUGGAGGAUGUACUGAUGGAAGUAUAG